AUGGCUUCCAAGCAAAUGCUGGCUGCAGUGGCCGCCUCGAUGGCCCUCGUCUUCCUGCCCACGCUCGCCUCUGCCACGGAUCACGUCGUGGGCGUGGGCGACGUCGGGUACGCCUCCAGCUCCCACAACGUGGCGGAGGUGAGCGGGCCGGACUUCAAGGCGUGCAACAAGUCGGCUUCCACCUCCGUCUGGAACUCCGGCGACGACCAGCUCAGCCUCGCCAAGCCGGGCCGGAGGUGGUUCAUCUGCACGGUGGGCAGCCACUGCCAGCUUGGCAUGAAGCUCAACGUCACCAUUCUUCCGGCCACCACGCCGGCGCCGUCUCAGCCUCAGUUGUCUCGGCGCGCUCUCUCCAACUGGUGA